AUGCCUGGUCGCUCUAUCGGUAAUAAUGGUAUGAUUCUCAACAACACUCGUCUCAUUGCUGCUGAAACUUCAUCGAACUGUAUUGCGCUGCUCUUGGAUCAAGAGAAAACGUAUGAUCGUAUCCACCCUGAUUACCUUCUGGCGGUGAUGCACCGAUUUAACCUUCCUACUAACAUUAUCCAUUCCUUAAUAACCCUUCUCUUCUCUACGCAAAUUCACAUCAACAUUAACGGCCAUAUAUCCACCUCGUCCAUCACCCAACAACGUGGUAUCCGCCAAGGGGAUCCCAUCUCACCACUCCUUUUCAACAUUGCUUUUGAUCCAUUCCUUCGCUCCAUUCAACAAGAUCCUCAGUUUACUGGCUUCAACCUGCAUACUGAAGCUCCACCUCCUGCUAAUCAUACUACAUCUGACGAUAUUUCAGUUCCUAUGCAACAGUUAUUUCCGGACAUUGACGACCUUGCUGUCAGUCCUGAUACUCCUGCUUCUCCAGUUUCUCCCUCCUCUAUACCUCUGGCGGUAAAAACCCUGGCAUAUGCGGAUGAUACCUUGGUAUAUCUCCAUGAUACGCAGGACUUUCAUCGCUUGCAGACCGCCAUCACCAUGUAUAUGAAAGCUUCUAACGCAUUUUUGAAUUAUCACAAGACCGUAGCUACAUCUCUCUCAGGUAAACCUUCAGCAACUUGGCAAGCCUUACUCACAACCUAUGGCACUACGGCCCAACUGAUGCUCCCAAAAGAUGAAAAAUGCUCUCAUAUGGGAACAUCGGUGUUCCUAAAGAUCAAUCAUAAGUCGGCCGAUGUUCUUAUAAGAACAUUUAUAUUCUUAUAUGAGCACAUCCAUAUUCUUAUAUGA